AGUCACCAGCCGCGAGUUGACCCAAGCUCCCUAUGCCAGAUUAUUGUGUCCACCCUUGCCCAUCCUUCUCGGGCGCAUGCAAAGCCAUUCCCGCAGUUGCGAUCGAGGGACCACGGCUGCUGUUGACGCCCUUCGACGAGUCGAUCACGGAGGAGGAAUCCAGGACUCUGUAUCAGUAUUCGUGUGUUGACCAGGAUCUCUAUCGAUGGAUGCGAUUUGACCCUCGCUCCGGCUACGAUGUCUACCGCAACCAGCACCUGAUUGGGCGAUGGACCCGGAGUGCCGAUCGCCUUCCUUUCAUCGCUCGCGACAAGCACACCAACGAGAUUGUGGGCAUCAACAGCUUUAUGAGCAUCAACGGCAACGACAAAACCAUCGAGAUCGGGCAUAUCUGGACGGCCGGCCCCUUCCAGGGUCAAAAGGUGGCCCUGGAGUCCACGCAGCUCCUCAUGCGAUAUGCGAUGGACCUUGGCUUUGUGCGCAUCGAAUGGCGAACCCACCACAAAAAUGUACCGAGUCAAAGGACCGCCGCCGCAGCCGGGUUCACAUUCGAAGGUAUCUUGAGGAAGCAGCGGUUCCUCAAGGGCGAGACUCAGAACACGUUCUCAUACUCUGUGAUCGAUGACGAGUUCGAUGCUGUGCGCAAGACCAUCGAUGCUGUUUUUGUGACGCUGAGGCCGAUUGAGCGACGUCCAGUCCCGGGCUUAACCGGCGAAUAAAUUCAGUGCGGGUUUGGAUCAGAUCGGACCGCAGACCCUUGGCUGGAGGACAGGGCGCACAUGCGGGUGCGGCUGCAAGUCGAGAUUGCUGGUGUGAGAGUGU